CAUUACCACAUCGCACAGAAAGAAGCACUGGCGGUUCCGAACUGCGCUCCGUGGUCAUCUGAAUUCUGUUGCCAUUUUGGGAAGAAGAUGUUGCGAAGUUGACCAGUUGGUGACUUGGACUACUACCACCAUUGAAGAAUAUUAGACAUCAAUAAUUUUUGCAUAAUUUGCAGGAGAGUUUUUAGAAAUAGCAGAAGACACAUUAUCUCGAAGACUUAAAGCCAUCUAAGCAUAAGUGUAUAGUUAUAACAAUUCUUAUAAUUUUUUAAAAAAAACUUUGACAUCCAUAUUUUACAGUAUGAGUUGCGCAAAAAUAGGGGCGCGUAUUUGUUUUGUGCUCGCUUUUAUACUGAUCACCAUUGCUUUUUCAACUCCUUAUUGGCUUCAAUCUGACGGAUUGUUACCAUACCAGAGAUUCCAUAAAGUUGGAUUAUGGGAGAUCUGUUAUACGACUUACCAAGAAUCAUCUUACCUUCGUUACAAUAAUAACUUCCGUAAUUGUCGAUGGAUAUUUGACAGAGAUUACUACUAUUUGAUUGACCUCUUUGAAACAGCAUUUUUUAUAACCGUCCAAGUAUUCUUUACAUUUGGAUUCACAGCCUUGCUGGUCAGUUGCAUUUUGAUCCUUGCUGCACAUUUAUGUAUAAGUCCAGAAAAAGAUGUCAUGUUUGUGAGGAUAAUUGCCGUUCUUACAUUGGUUGCAGCCGUAUGCUGCACUUUGGCUAUCAUAGUAUUUGGUGUGCAUGGCGAUGGUAGAGAUUGGAUGCCAGAUCCAGACCAUAAUUAUUUAUCCUGGUCCUUUGCUCUAGGAGUUGUUGGUUCUUUUUUUACUUUCAUUAGUUCUAUUUUGUUUUUCAUUGAAGCCAGUAAGGCUAAAAAAAGAGAAGAUGCCUUAAAUCACCAUGUUGCUUAUCACAUGGAACAAACUCAUACUAAAGUCUAAAACAUACAGUUUUUGAAAUGAAAAUAUCAUUCUAGCAAAUUGUUUAUAUUGUUAGUACAAAACUUUGUUCUGCACAAGUUUUGUAAAUAGAAAUCUUAUGAAGAGUGGUUGCUAUUGUUAAGUAUUGAGUAGAUAUCAUUAAGAUGAUAUUUUUAUAUUUUAUGCAUAUAAUUUAUAAAAAAAGUAUUUUUUGAGAGUUUUAACAUUCCAACUAUCCCGUCCAUAUUCCAGAUGUCUUAUUUGCAUUUCAUUUGUAAAUGUAUAUUUCUCUUUUGCCUUUUGAAAUAAUUGUAUGAAGAUGCAUUUUCUCCUGUAUAUUUCUUGUUAAAAAACUACAGAAUAAAUUGUAACAUUCCAUUUAUUAUCUUUUUGUUACAUUUUUGUUUAGUAGAAUCUCAUUGUUUAAUCUAUCAAAUAUAUAAUUUUUCUGGUAUUUGUAUAUUAACUCUACAUGACAUGGGUGAACUUUUAACUUAAAUGCAUGUCCCUGCCAAACAGGCGACAAACUAGCAUAACAUCUUUUUAGAUUUUUUAGCAAUUAAUUGCUGGCAUGUGACAUGGGUGAACUUUUAACUUAAAUGCAUGUCCCUGCCAAACAGGCGACAAACUAGCAUAACAUCUUUUUAGAUUUUUUAGCAAUUAAUUGCUGGCAUGUGGUUAAUGCACAGAUACCAAUUUUUUUAUAUAUAUAUAUAAUAAAAAAAAAUCCUGUUUCUUAAAGUAAGGAUAUGGAUAAUAGCAUUCCCUCAGGAAUCUCAUUUAUUUAGUAUUUUAUAUAUGAUCUGUUUUAUGAUUCAUUACUUUAUUAUUUUGAAAUGUUUUGUUUUUAGUUAAGUCAUAUUUGUGUAAUGUAUAUUUUUUCUAUUCAGAAUUAUUUAAAAUGUGAUUGUAAAUCAGCUAAGAUUUAUAUUUAUAUUUGAUUGUGAAUUUUGCUACUGUUUGGGUGACAUAUGUUUUUCUAUUGGUGUUAGUUGUUUUGAAUUAUAAUAAUAUGUUUUUCAUUUUUAAUCAU